AUGGGAGAAGCGUCCUGCGAGGGGCAAAAGGAGAUAUGGAUAAUGCAUUACUCAAGCUCUCACAGGAUACUUCUUGUAGGCGAAGGAGACUUCUCCUUCUCGGCCUGCCUAGCCAAGACAUUCGGUUCUGCCAAGAAUAUGAUCGCAACUUCCUACGAUAAUUUAGGUAAAUUGCUGGAGAAGCAUUGGAGUGCUAGGAUUCACCUUGAUGAGCUUAAAAGACUAGGGUGCACAUUAUUACAUGAAAUUAACGUGAAAGACAUGCAUGAAGAUGACUUCUUGAAAGCCAAGCGAUUCGAUCGAAUCAUCUUCAAUUUUCCUCAUUCAGGGCAUGAAAUUGGGCUGCACGAAAGAGAUGAAGAGCUCAUUUUGAGACACAGGGAGUUAUUGCGUGAUUUCUUUAGCAGUGCAAGAUGCUUAUUGAGUAAAAAUGGCGAGAUACAUGUAAGUCAUAGGGAUGAUGAACCUUACACUCAGUGGAGGAUUAGAAGUUCAGCAAAUAAGAGAGGAUUGAUUCUAAAGGAGAUGGUGGAGUUUCAGAAGGAAGAUUACCCCGGUUAUCAUAACAAGAGGGGAGGUGAUAUAAAGAGUAACAAGACCUUUCCUCUUGGAGAUAGAAGUUUCACUUUCAAGUUUUCCUUGAACAAGGAUUUAGAGGACUACAAAAUUUUAAGGAAGAAUUUUAAUGAUUUGAUGAUCUAG